AUGGAACACAAGCAGAUGUUAAACUUGGGGAUUUAUGUUUUUGACAAAUGCGGUUGUGUACUUCAAAGAACCCACGGAUUACCUUGCGCGUGUUACCGUUACUUGUCAAUCAGGUCUCAUGGUUCAUUGUACUUGGACGAUAUACAUCCAUUUUGGAAAACGUUAAAGUACUUAGAGGCAGAAGAAGACGCCAACGAAGAAGUAUGGCACGCAAACGUCGAUGAUAAAGAGUACUUUCAAUCGUUGGUGGAUGAAGUUUUAAAAGCCGACCCCGCAGUUGUACGACGCAUGUCUCAAGUACUUGAGCAUGAACUACACCCUGAUGAUACCAAUAAACCUGAGGAAGGGAAGACCAACGACAACCAGAACCGUCAGGAGAAACAAAAAUCUUCAUCACGCGGGAGAUCUAGUGGUAGAUCUAGCAACCGAUCAAACCAAUCGUCAGUUGGAAUUAACUUCAGUUUCAACUUAUCUGGUACCUAUCGUUCAGCAGGUCGUGAUUUUUCACUUUUUUCGUGGCCAAAUCACAUCCCGUAUAUUCUUCCACCAUACCUGUUUGAUUGGAUCGAUGUUAUAGGUGACGGAAACUGUGGAUUUAGAGCUAUUACAGUCACAGAGUUAAGGGAGUUGGUGGAGAAUGCUAUAUACAUAAUUGGUGCCCAUAGCAAAGGACCUGCCCUGCACAGUCACUGGAUGGAAAUGACAGCAUUGUAUUCUGCAGCAACGUUUCUCAACAUUGCAAUUGCGUAUUAUGGCUGUACCGAUGGUAAUUCAAUGUAUAAAUGUUUAGUGCUUUCGGUAAGGAGAACAGGGGGAAUGCAUGGUGUUAAUAAACUUGUACAUAUUCUUUGGGUGAACGGAAAUCAUUAUGUUCAGCUUUUAAUGAACGAUGAUUCAUCUCUACUGCCGCCAGUCCAGCAAAAUUGGAGAGCAGCAGCUAAAAAUUCAUGUAGAGAUUUAGAGAGACAGUAUCGCAACAUGAUAUCACUUUGGAAUAGACUAUGUGGCAUACAACGACCACAACAUAAUAACACCGCCGAAGAUGCAGUCAAUUUAGAUACUCCAUAG